CUCGACACUGACGAUUCAAUUCCUUCGCUGUAACUCAACACACACACAAUGGCUGCAGCUUCCGCCCGGCAGGUCAACAUCGCCAUCAUUGGCGCUGGCGGGGUAGGAAAGUGUUUCCUGUCCCAGCUCGAGCAACUCGCCGCCCGCCGCCCCAGCCCCAAGCUCGUGCUCACCUACAUCUGCACGAGCAAAAAGGCCCUCUACAGCACCGACCACGUCGCCAUCAGCCUCAGCAACAUCCCGUCCUCCCUCGCGUCCUCCCAGCAGGCGCCGCUCCCCCUGCCCAAGCUCGUCGACUUCCUGAGCACCUCGGGCUCCAAGACGGUCCUCGUCGACAACACCAGCUCGCAGGAUGUCGCCGACGCAUACCCGAUCUUCCUGAGCCGCGGCAUCAGCGUCGUGACGCCCAACAAGAAGGCCUUCUCGAGCUCCUACAAGCUGUGGCAGGACAUCUUUGCCGCCGCCGAGCAGUCCGGUGCCAAAGUGUUCCACGAGUCGUCCGUGGGCGCUGGCCUGCCAGUGAUUUCAACGCUUAAGGACCUCGUGGAUACCGGUGAUGAGGUUACUAAAAUUGAGGGCGUCUUCAGCGGCACCAUGUCUUUCCUCUUCAACUCGUUUGCCCCGACGUCCGGUUCUGGCGGCAAGUGGUCGGCCGAAGUGAAGAAGGCCAAGGAGCUGGGCUACACCGAGCCCGACCCGCGCGACGAUCUGAAUGGGCUGGAUGUCGCGCGGAAAUUGACUAUUCUCGCCCGGCUGGCGGGACUGCCGGUCGAGUCCCCGACGUCGUUCCCCGUGCAGAGCCUGAUCCCGAAGGAGCUGGAGUCGGUGGCCAGCGGGGACGAGUUCCUCGAGAAGCUCCCAGCGUUUGACGCGCAGAUGGAGGAGACCAAGGCCGAGGCGGAGAAAGAAGGGAAAGUGGUGCGGUUUGUUGGCAGCAUCGACGUUACCACGAAGCAGGUCAAGGUCGGGCUGGAGAAAUUCGACCUGUCACACCCCAUUGCGGCGCUGAAGGGCAGCGAUAACAUCAUUAGCUUCUACACUAGACGGUACGGAAGCAACCCGCUGAUCAUCCAGGGCGCUGGCGCAGGCGGCGACGUGACGGCCAUGGGCGUGACGAGCGACCUGUUGAAGGUGCUGUCUCAAAUUGCUUAGCCGUGUUUGUAUCAACCACCGGGCACAUAGCAAAAUAUAUAGGACUCGGAAGCCUGAACAGAUGUACCGCUUCCAUUGUUGCUCUUGACGGUGUCCACGUUGAGGCACGACGGUUAUAGGGGCGUUCCUCCCUCCCCGGUCGCAGCCAUACUGCUUGUUACUACUGUUGAAGUUUCGCCAGCCAGAUCGACAGGUGUUGUGGGCCUAGUCCGCCAGCU